AUGACAAAUUCGAAGAAGCGCCAGAAGCGUGAAGAGUAUCGCUCCUCCCACGGAGUCGGAGAUGGGCCAGCUGAGCUUCCAAAGAAGAGGUUCUACCGGCAACGUGCCCACGCAAAUCCAUUCUCCGAUCACGCCUUGACAUAUCCGAGUAGUCCUGCCCUUAUGGAUUGGUCCAGCCACUACCCAUCCUUUGCGAACAACGAGGCUGCCGAAGAGGAGGGCGUCCCAAAGCCACUGAAGAAAGAAGUGACAGUCGCAGACAUAGGUUGUGGGUUUGGAGGCCUGCUGGUAGCAUUGUCGCCUCUCCUACCCGAUAGAUUAAUCCUUGGCCUCGAAAUUCGCACCCAAGUAACAAGCUACGUCCAUGAUCGUAUCUAUGCUCUCCGGCAACAGCAUCUCCCUCAGAUCGAAAGUAAAACCUCCGAUGUACACUUCCCUUCCACCGCUCCACCCCCACCAACAGCACUCUAUCAAAACAUCUCCGUCCUCCGCGCCAACACGAUGAAGUUCCUCCCCAACUUCUUCCCCCGCGCCAGCCUCGAGCAUAUCUUCCUCUGCUUCCCCGACCCACACUUCAAAGCUCGAAAGCACAAAGCUCGUAUCGUCAGUGAGACGUUGUGCGCGGAAUACGCUUAUGUGUUGAAGCCUGGGGGAAUGGUGUGGACGAUUACUGAUGUGGAGGAGUUGGCUGGCUGGAUGCGGACGAGGUUCGAGGAGUUUGGAAAAAGAGGUGGGGUCGAGGAAGGGCUGUUUGAGCAAGUGAGGCCGUUGCCGGAGGAGGGGAAAGAAGAGGAUUGGGGGGAUAAGGAGGUGGGGACGAUCUUGAGAUGUAUGAGGGAGGAGACGGAGGAGGGGAAGAAGGUGAGUAGGAAUGAUGGGAAGAAGUUCGUGAGCGUGUGGAGACGUAGAGAAGAUCCGCCAUGGCCGGGAGAGGGAUGA